AUGCCAAUCAAACUAAUAUUGUCAGACUCAAGAGAAAUAAAGACAUUAAAAGAAUAUCUCGAACAAAACUCCAUACUUCUGAAAAAGCAUAAAAUCGAGAAACACGAUAACCAAUUCCAUAUUUAUACUACCUUAUCAGAAAUAACCAAUGAUCUCUCGAAAUAUGCUCAUGAGACAUAUCAAGAAGAAACACCCCAAAUCAUGACCUUAUAUUCCAUAGUGAACGAAUUUUGUGUCUCGAGAAAUAUCGAAUCCCCACCAGAAUCCACCAUACCGAAACGUUGGAGUAUUUAUCCUCCUAUGAUUCUCUUCAAUUCCAACACCUUCGAUGGAGAACCUUGGCAACAACGAUUCCAACAAACUGAGACACUAUCACAUGAUCUAUUCGAACAUAUUCUAUCUCAUCAACAACCGCUCUUUGGAACAUCCGACAUCACCCAUCUUGCAAUCAACAAACCAAUCAUAGACACUGAUAACAUAAUGAGAAAACCACUAAAUGUAUUACCGUUACACGGAGAUUUCGGGCCAUUAGUCGACUCCCCUGCACCAACUCAACAAGAUUUCCAACAAGCUUUUUGGUGUCAUGUUGUUCAGAAUGGAAUAUAUCAAACUUGGGCUCCGCGCUAUACGAUGUUUUCAAGAGGGAAUAUUAAAGAAAAGAAACGUGUUUUGGAUAAUUGGAAGAAUUUAAACGGCAGUGUCAUUUUUGAUUUCUAUUGUGGGAUUGGAUAUUUCUCACUUUCAUAUUUGAAAAAUGGGGGGAAAUUGAUGUGUUGGGAAUUGAAUCCUUGGUCAAUUGAAGGGUUUAGAAGAAGUUUGGAGUAUGCGGGGUAUAAAUAUAAGAUAAUUCAUUCAGAGGAGGAUUUCGAAUAUGAAAAAGACUUUGUGAACAGUGAUAUAGAUGCAUAUUUGUUUUUGGAAAGUAAUGAAAAUAUCCCAAAUCGAUUGAAAUCAUUUCCGGAGAAAAGCUUGCCAAUAAGUCAUAUAAAUCUUGGAUUAUUGCCUACUUCAAAAGCUGCAUGGGGUAUUGCUCAUCAAUUGAUAAAGGAGAAAUCUAAUCGGGAUACAAUCGUGCGUAUUCAUGAGAAUGUACAUAUUGAUGACUUUGAUAAGAUCAAACAAGAAGCCGGCGAUAAAUUUGCCAGUGGGGAAGUGACACAUUUAGAAAAAGUAAAAACUUUUGCCCCUGAUGUGUGGCAUUUAGUAAUAGAUUUGAAACAAUCAGUGAUAUGA